AGGCAAAACAAACAUGGCUUAGUUUAGCCUACUUUAACCAUCACUUUGACACGAUGCUCCUGCUUUGGAGCAACUCGCCCCUGUCUGAAGUCAACAUUGCGACGCUGCUCGUCGUCUUCGUCGCGUAUUUGUCCGUUCAUUACCACCUGAAACGACGCCGGCGUCUGGCUAACAUUCCUCCGGGUCCGAAGCCCCUGCCGAUAGUGGGCAAUUUUGGCGUUUUUCUCAUGCCUGCGUUCAUCCGGAGGAGGUUCGGGAAGGCGUCGAAACCGAGCGCGACGCCCGUGGAGGCGUUGACGGAGCAAGCCGCGGUGUACGGCGACGUGUUCAGCUUGUUUGUGGGCACUCAACUCAUAGUGGUGCUGAACGGCUAUGACGUCAUCAGGGAUGCUCUGCUCAAUUACGCCGACGUGUUCUCAGACAGGCCGGACAUCCCUGCGGUCACCAUCAUGACCAAACGCAAAGGAAUCGUCUUUGCGCCGUACGGGCCGGUGUGGAGAAAGCACCGCAAGUUCUGCCACGCGUCUCUUCGGACAUUCGGUGUGGGGAAGUUUAGCCUGGAGCAGUGCAUCCUCCAAGGCCUGGCGACCGUCAAAAGCGAGCUUCUGCGAGUGCGUGAAGAGGGCGGGAAGGCCGGCGUGGACUUGACGCCGCUGGUCAGCAACGCCGUCUCCAACGUCAUUUGCUCUCUGGCACUCGGCGAGCGCUUCUCCCGAGACGACCGCCAAUUCGGCACCCUGCUGGGCCUGAUGGUACGAGGCCUGGAGCUGUGCGUCAACAGCCCCGCCGUCCUCAUCAACGUCUUCCCACCACUCUACCACUUGCCCUUCGGCGUCUUUGGGGAGCUCCGGCGGGUGGAGCGUGACAUCACCACCUUCUUGAAGAAGAUCAUCGCCAAGCACUGCGACACGCUGGACCCGGGGAACCCCAGAGAUCUCGUGGACAUGUACCUAACGGAGAUGGCGGCGCAGAGAGCCGCGGGUGCGGAGGACAGCAGCUUUAACGAGGACUAUCUCUUCUACAUCAUUGGGGACCUCUUCAUCGCCGGCACCGACACCACCACCAACUCUCUUCUCUGGAUCAUCCUCUACAUGGUCGUGCAUCCUCACGUCCAAGACAAGGUCCAGGCCGAGGUGGACGAGGUGGUGGGAAGAGGCCGUGUGCCGUCUCUGACUGACCGCGGACGUUUGCCCUUCACCGAGGCCACCAUCAUGGAGGUCCAGAGGCUGACCGCCGUGGUUCCUCUGGGCAUUCCACACAUGGCGUCCAAGACAACAGACUUCCGAGGCUUCACGAUCCCGCAAGGAACGGUCCUCCUGCCCAACUUGUGGUCCGUCCAUCGAGACCCCGCCGCGUGGGAGCAGCCCGACAGCUUCAGGCCGGAGCGCUUCCUGGACGACGAGGGCAAGCUGGCCAGAAAAGAGUGCUUCAUGCCUUUCGGGAUCGGUCGCAGGGUGUGCAUGGGCGAGCAGCUGGCCAAGAUGGAGCUCUUCCUCAUGGUCACCGGCCUGCUGCAGGCCUUCACGUUCCGGCUCCCGGCGGGAGCCUCGCCGCCUCCCAUGCACGGACGUUUCGGCCUGACGCUGGCGCCGUGCCCCUUUGUCGUGUGCGCCAGCCCUCGUGGGUAAAGUCAGUCGAAUGGACGCCCCAGAAAGACAAAGUGUGCAAUACGUAUUCAUACACAUGGAUGGACACUUUAUUAGGGACACUCGGGGAUGGACUGGGACAAAAAUUCAGUCCUGGCAUUUUCUGUCCAAACCAGACUACAGUAUUAGCGGACACCACGUAGAAGUCCACAAAUCUCACGCUGUCUUCUCUCAAGCAAUCUACAUCCAUCCAUCUCAUCCAAUCCAGUCAAUCACAGGAUACAUACUGUAUAGAUAAACAGUUUAGUCUCAAACACAGACCGGCGUGUCUUUUGACGUAGUACUGUAAAUAUCUGACCACCAAUAAAGUUAUUGAAAAAAUGUGUGGGACAGACAACAGGUCUGAGACAGACAACAAAAUGCGUGGAUCAGAAUACAAGACAAAUUUGCUCUUUCAUGAUUGCACUAUGUCGGACUACUGCAAUAAAACCUUGUAUUCCGAUA